AUGCUCGCUGCCAACUCCAGACACGUUGUAAAGCACAGUGCCAGGAGAAAACAGGUCAGGCGUGGGCCGUGGACAGCCGUGAGCAGUGACAUCACAAGGAGGGGGAGGGGGGGUGUACGAGGAGCCAGACAGUCCUACCUCUGGCGGCGUUUGUGUUGGCGGAGGGAGAGCGGCCGGAUUGUGGACGGAGUGACCGAACAUUGUGUGACGCUGGCGGCGCAUGGGAGAGUUCUGAGUCCAAAGCUGUCGGCUGCGGCUGGAGUCUACCUCCAGUCCAUCACCAGUCUACCUCCAGUCCAUCACCAGUCUACCUCCAGUCCAUCACCAGUCUACCUCCAGUCCAGCUCCAGUCUACCUCCAGUCUUCUCCCAGUCUACCUCCAGUCUACCUCCAGUCCAUCACCAGUCUACCUCCAGUCUUCUCCCAGUCUACCUCCAGUCCAUCACCAGUCUACCUCCAGUCCAGCUCCAGUCUACCUCCAGUCCAUCACCAGUCUACCUCCAGUCCAGCUCCAGUCUACCUCCAGUCCAGCUCCAGUCUACCUCCAGUCUUCUCCCAGUCUACCUCCAGUCUUCUCCCAAUCUACCUUCAGUCCAGCUCCAGUCUACCUCCAGUCCAGCUCCAGUCUUCUCCCAGUCUACCUCCAGUCCAGCUCCAGUCUACCUCCAGUCCAGCUCCAGUCUACCUCCAGUCCAGCUCCAGUCUACCUCCAGUCCAGCUCCAGUCUACCUCCAGUCCAGCUUCAGUCUAACUCAGUCCAUCACCAGUCUACCUCCAGUCCAUCACCAGUCUACCUCCAGUCCAGCUCCAGUCUACCUCCAGUCCAUCACCAGUCUACCUCCAGUCCAUCACCAGUCUACCUCCAGUCCAGCUCCAGUCUACCUCCAUCCAGCUCCAGUCUACCUCCAGUCCAUCUCCAGUCUACCUCCAGUCCAUCACCAGUCUACCUCCAGUCCAGCUUCAGUCUACCUCCAGUCCAGCUCCAGUCUACCUCCAGUCCAGCUCCAGUCUUCCUCCAGUCUUCUCCCAGUCUACCUCCAGUCCAGCUCCAGUUUACCUCCAGUCUUCUCCCAGUCUACCUCCAGUCCAGCUCCAGUUUACCUCCAGUCUUCUCCCAGUCUACCUCCAGUCCAUCUCCAGUCUACCUCCAGUCCAGCUACAGUCUACCUCCAGUCUUCUCCCAGUCUACCUCCAGUCCAUCUUCAGUCCAUCUCCAGUCUUCUCCCAGUCUACCUCCAGUCCAUCUUCAGUCCAUCUCCAGUCUUCUCCCAGUCUACCUCCAGUCCAUCUCCAGUCCUCCAGUCUUCUCCAAGUCUGCCUCCAGUCCAGCUCCAGUUUACCUCCAGUCCUCUCCCCAGUCCAUCACGAGUCUUCUCCCAGUCUUCUCCCAGUCUACUCCCAGUCUACCUCUAG